CUGGACUUGGACUUGUGGACUCUGGGUGUCUGAGGCCUCAGUGUCUUUUGGUCCACAGAAGAAAUGUCUCAGCUGGUGGAGUUGUGUCCCAAAUUUCUCGGAGGGCCGAGACAAGAGGUGAUUGAUGCAAUCGCUGCUGCGAUCUCCGGUACCGCCGGCUGCAGUCUGCUGGAUGUCGACCCCGGCACCUCCACCAACCGCACCGUCUACACCUUCGUGGGCUCUCCUGAGGCCGUGGUGGAGGGAGCGCUGAACGCCGCCCACCGAGCCUUCAGCCUCAUUGACAUGACCAAACACUCUGGUGAGCACCCGCGGACUGGAGCGCUGGACGUCUGUCCCUUCAUCCCUGUCCAGAACACCACCAUGGAAGACUGCAUCACCUGUGCUAACGCCUUCGGACAGAGACUGGCGGACAUGCUGCAUGUGCCUGUUUAUCUGUACGGAGAAGCAGCACGAAACGAGGCGAGGAGGAGUCUUCCCUCAGUGCGGGCGGGAGAAUAUGAGGCCUUACCUGACAAGUUGAAACGAGAUGAAUGGGCCCCCGACUUUGGCCCCGCCCUCUUUGUCCCGUCAUGGGGUGCCACGGUCACCGGUGCACGUAAAUUCCUCAUUGCCUACAACGUGAACCUGAUUGGCACAAAGGAGCAGGCUCAUCGAAUCGCACUGGACAUCAGAGAGCAGGGGCGGGGCCAAGGCCAGCCUGGACUGCUGAAGAAGGUGCAGGGCCUCGGCUGGUACCUGGAGGAGGCCAACAUGGCCCAGGUGUCCACCAACAUUCUGGACUACGAGCUGACCCCCCUCCACACCGUGUACGAGGAGGUCUGCAGAGACGCUGAGGAGCUGAGGCUGCCUGUAGUGGGGUCUCAAAUCGUUGGUUUGAUUCCACUGAAGGCCCUGCUGGACGCUGCAGACUUCUACAUCAGUAGAGACAGGCUCUUCAUCCUUGAAGAGGAGCACAAAGUCAGACUGGUGAUCAGUAAACUGGGUCUGGAUUCUUUGGGGCCAUUUAACCCAAAGGAGAGGAUUAUAGAGUACAUGGUGACACAGCAGGAAAACAAAGGACUGGUCUCUCUGACCCUGCAGCAGUUUGUUCAGAGUGUCGGGGCCCGGACAGCGGCUCCUGGUGGAGGAUCUGUUUCUGCCGCUGUGGCUGCGUUGGGGGCAGCGUUGGGUGCCAUGGUGGGCCAGAUGACUUACGGGAAGAGGCAGUUUGAGAACCUGGACGGUGUGAUGAGGAGGCUGAUUCCUCCAUUCCAUCAGGCCAUGAAUGAACUGCUGGUCAUGGUGGACGCGGACUCCUCUGCCUUCAACAGCUACAUGGCGGCGCUGAAAAUGCCGAAGAACACUGCAGAGGAAAUUCAAAGGCGAGACGAUGCUAUGCAGGACGGUUUGAAGAAGGCGGUCGGCGUCCCGCUGGCUCUGGCUGAGCGGAUCAAUGUACUCUGGCCCCACCUCAAAGAAAUGGUCCUCUACGGAAACGUGGCCUGCAAGUCUGACGCUCAGGUGGCAGCGAAAACCUUGGAGGCGGCUGUUUUUGGCACCUAUUACAAUGUUGUCAUCAACCUGAAAGACGUCCAGGACAGCGAUUUCAAAAUGACCACUCAGUCAACAGCGGAGGCGUUACUCCAGGCGGCCAAAGAUGGCGCCGCUGCCGUUCUGGAUGCUGCUGACAACAGAAAGUGAAACCACAGAGUGGCGAGAUUUAAAGUUUUCUUUAUUUAAGAAAAAUGUGGUUUUAAUAACACAAUGCACACAGAAAUAACUUGGUCACAUCGAACAGUUUGCUUAUAAAUGUUUGACCAUUUAGUCUGUUGUAAACAAUGUUACAUUUGCAUUUUUUUUUAGAAGCCAACGAAUGAUUUUUUUUUUAAAGAUAUUGAAUUUUUGAACAUUUUGACUUGAUAAAUUAAAAAAA